CAUAACCUUCAGAGGUGCUAACACUGCGCACAUCCUCCUGCGUUUGGUAAAAGUGAAAAUGAUAUUAGACCCCAGCGAGGAGUCAAAACUGCAGAGUCACUGUGAUUAACUCACCCAGCUGAACCAGCACAGGAAGUGACCGGAUGGCAACUGUGAACGUCAGAAUCCCAGACUCUGUCUUGGAAAACAUCGCCAAGUCGCUCCAAAACUCAGAACCUAUUCGGCUGGAUGUUCCAAAGAUCAAUACCAUAGUUAACGGUGUUCUCAAUGUUCUGGGACUUCCAAAGGGUCCUGUUGAAUUGCAGCUCACUGACAAGCCGACCAUCUCUAUCAGCGAGUCUGGAGUUUCUGUCAGAGUGAACGCCAAAGCCCAGUCUUUAGUUGAAUCACGUACACCAGCUCUUCCUGUGAUGUGUAAGGUCGCCAUGAAGGUCGAUAUCCUUGGACGCCGUCUGAUUCUGCUCUCUCAAACCUCUGAGUGUAAAGUCAGACCUCAAACCACAAAAGGAAAAUUUGCGAAGCUGGUUGUUAACUUCGUUCUUGAAAGAUAUGUUCUUCAUAAAGUUGGAACCUACAUUCAGAGCUGGUUUAAUGACGGAGUUCUGCUCCCGCUUCCUAAAGAAGUCGACUUCACUCACGGACACAUUGAAUAUCACAAACACUUCCUGGUGGUCAGUGGCAGUCUGAACCUAUCAGAAGCCGGGAAGGAGAAGGUGAGGAAGCAGACCGCAAAGAUCAACAACAUUAUAAAGAAGAAGGCAGCGAUGAAGACGAAGAGGAAGGCAAAAAAAGAAAAGAAAAAACAUAAAGUUUCAGUGUGACUCUCUGCUGUAGUUUUAUUAAAACUGUUCCACACAGUCCCACUUCCUCUCUCAUUAUUACUGUAAAUUAUAUAUUAAUAUAAUAAUAAUA